UACCGCCCAGCUGAGUGCUGUGAAUUGUGUGAUACACGUGCGAUCAUUUCGCUGGCAAGUUAAGUGCAAACAAUAAUAUGGGAAGCACACGUUUCUUCUUGGCGGACUUGGCCAGUCGAACCACAGAGCAGGAUCUGCGAUCACUGUUCCAGGACUACGGCCAUGUGGAGCGCGUCGAGCUAAAAACGAAAGAGCAAAUUAUCGACGCUGGAGAAACGGUGACCAAAGUGAUUGCCUUCGUCACCGUUCAAACCGACGAUGCACAUUAUUGCCUCAAUGAGUUAAACUGGCAGAAGCUGCAUGGCUACAAAUUGAAAGUCUCGUUGGCCAAAGAAUCGUUUCUCGAUCGCUUGAAGCGUGAACGUGACGAAGGGCAGCAGGAUGGACAGCAACAGACGGAUGCACACAAUGAUUACCAGAGCAGCUCCCGGCUGCUGGCACAGAAUACGCAGAACAAACGACGCGUGUUUGGUGAGCACGAGGAGAUUAACGAUGACGAAGUGCCGAUCGAGCUGCUGAUCACCAAGAAACGUGCCGCCAACUCCAUGCACAAUGGCAAAAUUGUCAUACAACAGGAGCAGGAUGUAAAGCCGCUGCACGUCAUUGAACAGCAUAAGAAGCCAGCGAAGCAGAAGAAAGCCAAUCUUGAUGCGAAGGCGACAAUUGCGGACCAGAAACGCAAGGAGUCGUUGAACAAAAUGCAGCAACAGCAUCAGCAAAAGAAAUCCGCCAUACAGAUUGCGCUCUCCUCCGAAGCGGGGCAAGCGAAGCGCAUCAAGUUUAGCGAUGCCGAAGAAGACGAUGACGAAGAGGAGCAACAGAAGCAGAAAAAGCAAACAAAGAUGGAUCUCUUCGAUGAUGAUGAUGAGGAGGAGGAGGACGCGGAAGGCUUUCAGCUGCCUCAGCACAGUGGCAAGAAAGGUGAACGUCUUGUGGAGAUGCAAAGCAAACAGAGUCUCGAUCCCAGAUUCCGGAUAACGUCGAACUUUGUCGCCGACGACGAAAACGAUGAGGAUGAGAAUGAGCACGAGGAUGAGGAACAGCAUGAACCACAAUCAGGGCAAGAGGUGAGUGAACGCAACUGGCAGAUGGGCAUCUUGGAGCAGGUGAUUGGACGUAAGAUCGACACUUCCAAAUCGGAUCCAUCAAAAGCAUCGAAAAACAAGAAAAUGUUGCGCUUUGAUCCAGCCAAAGAGGACCAUCAAAAGCUGCUCAGAACAAAGCCAAAGAAACCCGAAGUUGUCCGCCAACAAUCCACAGAUGAAGCAGUCGAGGAGAGUGCCACAAAUGGGACGGCGCCUGUUUCACAAAGCGCCUUCUAUGUGGUCACCGAUACACUGAAGGAAUCGCUUAAGAUGCGCGGCGAAGGAUUCAGUUUGCUGGACAUGUUUGGCAGCAGUCACGAGGAGGCUGCGGCCGAGCGACAGGAUCAGCUGGAGAAACUCGGUCACGAGAAGAUAUUGGUCAACAGCAAGGCGAACAGCAGCAAGCUUGGCCUGCAAUCUGCGAAUCCCUUCAGCUACGAUUCCUCGGACAGUGAAGAGGAUGAUGAAGUCACUGAAGAGCCGGCGACAGCGUCCAAGGAAAACGAGGCACCUGUUGUUAAGCAGAAGCAAAAGAAGCAACAAAUCCAACUGGAAUCAUUCUUUAUACCCAAGAACGAUGUUCGCUUGAAAGAGGGUGCGAAAUUCUUCAAGUCGAGCAAACCGGAGUUGGAGAAUGAGAACUAUGAUGAGGUCAAGAAGCGGCUGAAGCUGCUCAUUACCAAGAAGAUUGCCAAGACGCAGAAGGCGAUGCCAGGCAGCAAGCCGGCGAAGAAAGGCAAAAAUAAAAAAUAAAUAAGUGAAGUUUA